UGUUGUUGAGGUACUUGUUGCUGCUGCUGCUGUUGUUGUUGUGGUGGUGGUGGUUGUAGAGAUGGUUGUUGUUGUGGCUGUUGUACAUUAUUAGGCGUAUUAGUACUAUUAUUACUAUUGCUGUUAUUAUUGGGUUGAUCUUUAUUAUACAUCAUUUCAUUGUGUGAUACCACUGGUGCAGGAUGGUGAAGUGGUGCUGCUGCUGCAGGCUGUGGAUUACUGUUGUGAUUGCCAUUAGUGUAUUUAUGGUCAUAGUGUGCCAUUCCAUGAUACUCUUCAUAAGUAGGAUAUUCAAAAGUUUUACCGCCAUAGACAGGAUAUUUAUAGUAAUUGUUAUUUUGGGGUUGAUAAUUAGGAUAGUAAUAAUAAGAGUAAUAUGGAUGUCCACCGUAUUGAGUUGGUGGUGGUGGAGGAGUACUGUUGUCUACCAUCAUUGUCUGCUGUUGUGGCACAGGGGGAUGGUGAGCUGGAGGGUGGUGAGGAUGAGGUGGUACUGUGCUAUACUUGUCUCUGAACAGAUGGGCAGAUCCGACUGAAGGUGAAUGACCGUAUGGGUCAUAGUAUCCCUAU